AUUCAAUGACUGAGCCAGACACACAAACACUGAGGGGGGAGGGCGCGUGAGAGAGACCUAGACGGAGCGCGAGGCAGAGAGAGAGGGAGGGAGCGCGCGCAGGCUGCCUGGCUCUCAGACUUCUCAUCUCCGUACAGUCAGAGUGAACUGCGGGGGCAGACGGGCUGGAUCGCUGCGGUCCUCGACAGCAGAAACAAGCUGAAAUCAGGAUUCUUCUCGAGCCGUUUUCACUCGCGACUCCCGCUUUUCUUCCAUUUUUAUCUCCUACUUUGUUUUGAAAGUCGUAAAACGGAACUUUUGUCUUCUCUGGAGUUUGGAAAGCCGUCUUCUCGGACAUGGACAGUCUGCGACCUGCCACAGGGAGCGACUGGCCGGGCUUCACUCACUAGGCGAAGGAGGAAAACUGGAAACUCGCAUCUGGGACUUUUCUUUUCCCUUUUUUUACAACUGGAUGUUUGAUGAAGCGCUUCGCAUUUUCACUCAGUUCUGGGACACCGUGGAUUUACCAGGUUGAUAGCUGUGAUUCCCAGUCGACAACAAGGAUUUACGCUUCCAAAGUUGCAGGAAAAACAUGGAGACUGUAAGUCGGCAGAGCUUCCAGCCUCAUCCGGGACUGCAACAAACUCUCAAGCAGUUUCACCUCAGCUCUAUGAGCUCUCUGGGGGGGCCGGCGGCUUUCUCUGCCCGGUGGCAACAUGAGCUCCUCUUCAAGAAGGACGGCAAGGAGCCCGAGCCGGUUCUGCAGCAUCUGCCGCCGCCCGUGAUGCCCGGCCCGCUCUUCAUCCCCUCGGACCGCUCCACGGAGAGAUGCGAGACGGUGCUGGAAAGUGAGACCAUCUCGUGCUUCGUGGUCGGCGGAGAGAAGCGGCUGUGCCUUCCGCAGAUCCUCAACACGGUGCUCCGGGACUUCACCCUCCAGCAGAUCAACUCUGUGUGCGACCAGCUGCACAUCUACUGCUCCCGGUGCACGGCGGACCAGCUGGAGAUCCUCAAAGUCAUGGGGAUCCUGCCCUUUUCUGCGCCGUCCUGCGGCCUCAUCACCAAGACCGACGCGGAGCGGCUCUGCAACGCCCUGAUAUACGGAGGCGCCUACCCGCCGCGCUGCAAGAAGGACCUGAGCGGUGGGUCGCUGGAGCUGCAGCUCACCGACAGGAGCUUUAAAGUCUACCACGAGUGCUUCGGCAAGUGCAAGGGCUUGUUCGUGCCGGAGCUGUACAGCAGCCCCAACGCAGCGUGCAUCCAGUGCAUGGACUGCAGACUCAUGUACCCGACCCACAAGUUCGUGGUGCACAGUCACAAGGCGCAGGAGAACAGGACUUGCCACUGGGGCUUCGACUCGGCAAACUGGAGGGCGUACAUCCUCCUCGGCCAGGAUUACACGGGGAAGGAGGAGAAAGCCCGUCUGGAGCAGCUCCUGGACGAGAUCAAAGAGAAAUUUGACUUCGCCAACAAGUACAAAAGGAAAGCGUCAUCCAGGGGGUCUGAUCCAAUCCCAAUGAAAAGGUCCAAACAUGAAGACGUCCCAUCACAAUCCCCCCUGGCUGACAAAGAGAAGCAGCAUGACUGGUUACAGUCCCUCUCCGCCUCCAGCAAGGGGAUUAACUGCAUCCAGCCCAGACAGAGACCCUCAGCUUUUAGACCUUGGUCCCCUCACAUCUCUGCUAGUGAUAAGGAGCCCUCCAGUCAUCCCCUGGCCCUGCUGAGAGACAGCUUCUACAGUUAUAAGAGUCUGGAGAAUGCAGUGGCCCCCAAUGUCGCCCUCACACCACUGCCAGUGGGGAAGGUGGGUCCCAUGUCCCCAUCGGUGCCUGGUACCUCCCACCCAAGUGGAGGUGAACCCCCAGCUGAGGGCACCAACCCUCAUUCAAGGCCUCGCAAGAGAAGAGCUACAGAGGAGCUCCCGCCCCUGGCACCAGAGGUCCCCUGUCCUCCGUCCGCCACAGCCAGCAAGCUGCCGCCACCUCCUCAGGACGACAAGGACUCUGAGGUGGAGAUCGAAGUGGAGAGCCGCGACGAAUUCACUUCGUCCCUGUCCUCCCUGUCGUCACCAUCCUUCACCUCGUCCAGCAGCUCAGCCAAGGAUUUGAGCUCACCGGGCAUCCAGGGGCCCGUCUGUACCGUCACGUCAGCCGAAUGCCCUACCCCCGCUGCUGCACCUGUCACAGCCACCGUCACCCCACCAGAGCUGGGCCUGGAGUCGGAGCUGGAGAGCCUGAGGCAGGCGCUGGACAGUGGACUGGACUCUAAAGAAUCCAAGGAGAAGUUUCUGCAUGAGAUCGUUAAAAUGAGAGUGAAGCAAGAAGAGAAGCUGGGAUCAGCUCUGCAGGCCAAACGCAGCCUCCAGCAGGAGUUGGAGUUCCUGCGGGUGGCGAAGAAAGAGAAGCUGCGGGAGGCCACAGAGGCAAAGCGCAACCUGAGGAAGGAGAUCGAGCGUCUGCGAGCCGAGAGCGAGAAGAAGAUGAAGGAGGCAAACGAGUCACGGAUCCGUCUGAAGAGGGAACUGGAGCACGCCCGACAGCUGAGGGUCUGCGAUAAAGGCUGCGAGGCUGGACGUCUCCGUGCAAAGUACUCCGCACAGAUCGAAGACCUUCAGAUGAAGCUGCAGCACGCAGAGGCCGACCGCGAGCAGCUGAGAGCCGACCUGCUGCAGGAGCGGGAGGCCAGGGAGCACCUGGAGAAGGUGGUGAGGGAGCUUCAGCAGCAGCUCUGGCCCAAAUCUGCCAGCAAAGAUUGUGCUGACAACUAGACCAGCAGCACAACCACCCCCUCCUCCUUAUCAGCAUCAUCCCACAGGACAUCUUAUGCCAAUUUCAGACCAUUAAACACGCCCAGGAGUCCCUUACACCUACCCCCAGAACACACUUACAAAGAAAAAACUCUCCUUCCCACCAGAGACAGAGAUAUUACAAGGAGCUGCCUCCUCCAGGCCCAGUAAGAGUCUAGUGAGUGGUUCCCUUGGAGAAGGACCGGAAAUGUGCUGCUAAAUCCAGCACCGGCUCCUUCCUCAUUCCCAGAACUGAAAACUGGAUCACAACAGAACAAGAUGUGGAACACAGAGUGCAGCUGUUUCCCUCACCGGGAAAUUAGGCGAGACUUUUCAGACUCCUUAUAUUAGCCGUAGAGCUGGUGGGAGGAGUUAUCAGCGGUGCGACCAGGAGGGCGGGGCUUACACAGGGCAUCACCCCCCCCCCCCCCCCCCCCCCACAUGUGUCAUGCCACGGCAUAGACGCAGGGUUCUGGACACAUUAUAAGCUAUUUAAGAGCCUACAUAGCGAUAUGUUAAAAAAAAAAAAAAAAAGGUUUCUUUGUUCUUCUGUGCUGUUGAAGUUAAAAAAAAACAAAACAAAAAAAAAAAACAGAAAUAAAUAAGAUUAAUAAAAAAUGCAAAUGGACUUCCCAUAAUACCACCGGGGUUUGUUGUGUUUUCCAGGGGUCCAUCGCAGUCCACCAAAGGAGUCAAACAUCUUUUCCUCAUAAUUUUAUUUUCUAAAAAUCAUUGAAAUUUGAGGUUUUUAACAGGGAUGGAAGUUAAAGGCACCUUUUUUAGCGAGCACUUGUUUUGGAUGAUCAGUAAUCGUGUCCAUCAGUUUCUCACACACUGUAUUUUCUUAUUUUUAAAACAUUUUGGGUCAAAACCCAGAAGUUUCUAAUCUUCAAAAAAAAAAAAAAAAGAGUGAAUUCUCCAGAUGUGAGCUUGUUCUUGUGUUUUUUAUCUUAAUUUUUGAGCAACGGAUAGCUUGUUUUUUCUCCAACGGACAUCAUCUGUGAAGAGGAAGUGGGCUGGAUGGGCACUCUUGUCAAUAAACACAAAAAUGUUCAUUUUAAUUAAAUUAAGGUAUGUAAAUAUGAACAUGGGUUUUCUCUUUUUGUACUUUACAAUAAUGAAUCGCACUUUGUCAUAACAAAAUACUGUUGUAAUGCAUUGUACUCCCACUAUUAUGUUUAAAUCCUUCUUUAUUACCAUCUUAUACACAACGGCUGCCAUAUAAACCCUGUAGGCAUUUUGUUGAUUAUACGCCAAUAAAUACUGUUGUUCUGUUUUUCUUAUGGCAAAUUAUUGUAAAUAAACAGAAAGAAGAUGAUCUAGAUAUUGCUUGCUGAUGCAGUUUGGGGGGUUUUGUUUGGAGAAAAAAGUGUUGAGCUGUUAGGGGAAAACGAACAAAAAGUCCGAGCGGAGGCCGUGAAUCUGCCGCCGCACAGUGGGUACAAUGCAGUCAGAAUGUAUAUUGUGUUAAUGCUUUUUUUUUUUAGCUUUGGUUGAUGUUUUAAAUGUGGAGAUAUUUGAUUGCUUGCUUAUGUUCACUUUCUUUCCCAAAUAGAAAAACUCAUAUUUUUCAUUGUGCAUGAAUUUUGAGAAAGUUUGCCAGACCUAUAGUCAGUUAUCGGGCAUUGAUUGAGACUGUACAUGUAAGGGUUUUUAUGUGUUAUGCAAUAUAAAGCAACACUUCUUAUUUAGCAGAGGAAACUGAUUUAAAAAAAAUAGCAAAAAGCUGUAUUUUGUUUUUAAUAAAAAAAAAAAAAAGGAAAAAGGAAAAAAAAAAGAAAAAAAAUUCAGGUCUGCAUAAAAAACUAAAAAAUCUAUAUGUGAUGCUGGACAACCUCAAGUGCCUGGAUGUGGGCGAAAGGUUUCCAGAGUAGGAAAACUAUUGAUGAAGCUGUCAGGGCCGGGGGUGGGCCAAGGGGGGCUUCUGAACAGUUCCCUGUUUGCAGGCCCGUCUCUGCAGCUCUUUUAAUCAGUAUUCAUAAAACUAACCAGUUUACAAAUAUUUUUUCUUCUUCAAUGCAGAGAACAAUUGAACAUAGCAAAGAUGCUUUUUUUUCUUUAUUUGGAAAUCAAUGAUAUGCAUGUUCAGACAAUUUUUAUAGAAUAAUUGUUACUAUUAGUUGUAUAUAAACUGUUUAUGCCCAGUUUGCUGACUUGACGGGAGGCAGACAGGAUGAAGACGGCAUCGCGCCUAAUGCCCGUUUUUUCUUAUCCGAAAUUACCGACUUGGCCCGCUGAACGACCUUCGCGCCUGUCGCGUCUGCAGACCUAAAUUGGUACAUUUUCUAGUCGUUUUUAUCCUCAGAAGAAGUAAUAACAUGUGUAGUUUAUGUUACUCACAGUUUUCUAUAAAAGAUGGGAGGCGGCAACAACAUUUGGCUCUUUGUGCCCCCCGUGCAAAAAGAAAAAAAGCUGUUUAAACGAUGUCUUGUUUUCUAAAGGAAAAUCAUUUUGCUAAAUAAUGGGCGAUAAAGCAGCAAUAACAGUCCAUAUUAAUACACAAAAUACUAGCCAGUGUGAAGAUUUGAAUAAGAAUUUACAAAUGUAAAUAUGUUUGUUUUUUCAUUUACAAUAUUGUAUAAUUUAUGUACAUGGUGUUUUCCUUUUCAAAAAUAUCUUUUCUUACAUUAGCAGUUUUUUUUUAAGUUUGUGUUUUGACUAAAAUGCUUCAGAGACAGUUGAUGCAGUACGUAAGAGAAUAUUCCCAACAUAAACAUGUUAGCCUAUUUCCUCUCUUUCUUUCUUUUUUUUUUACUGUGCAUUCUUCAAAUGACUUAUGUUUGUCACAAGUUCAUACAUAUGUUAUUGUAUACCAGACCUGCAGCAUGGAUCACACACACAUACAUGACUAUGCCAUGUUGCGGAUUGUUUCCCCGUCAUACUCCUGUCUCAUUUUAGCCCUCUGCUGCUGCUAAUACUAUAUACGGUAAUAGAAUAUUUUUUAUGUAAGAGGCAAGCUUUCCCAUUUAUUAUUGCUACAUAUACAGUAUUGGAAAACCGCUCCGCUUAUUCAUCUAUUUCCCCAUUUUCCUUCAUCUUUACGCAUUUGUCCUCCUCAAAUGACACCGUUCCCUUCUCUGACACGGACUAUAUUGUAAAGUAAAGGACUUUAUGAGAUUAUGUUUGAAAAUAGCUAUGCUUAUAUACUGCAGUGACUGAAUGUACAGUGUAUAGAUGCAUUACCAGAAAUAAAGUUGUUUGUCCAGA